AUGACUCAGUGGGCUCUGACGCCAGUGCAGUUCAGGUUGACGGAGGACGUGGACGAGGGGAGGGAGGGAGGACGGGGUGGACGGGAAGGGAUGAAGGGAGGAAGGGGGGGUGCGACGGUGACAGGAGAGCGAAUGCACCUGGGACACGGCAGAACCACAGCUGAGCUGCCUCCAGGAGAAGCUGACAGAAGCAAGGCUGCCUAUCUGUGCCAUCACCCACCUCCAACCACCACCAUCACUCACGCACACUCUACUAUCUUACUAGGCUUUGUAGGUGUAGGUGGCAGUUUUUGCCACUGGCGCCCCACUGUGGCACCUGGAGUUUCUAGUGGUUUCCCAUCCAGAUACGACCCAGGCCCGGCCCUGCUGAGCUUCUCAAGUCUGACGAGAUCAGCCUUUAAUAAGCUGACAAAGAAUGGGAUUUAUUUGAUGCAAGAAGGGAAUGAGGAGCCAUAUAAUAUCCGACUACACUUGGCCAAGGAUAUUCUGACCAUUCAAGAACAAGAUGUCAUCUGCGUGUCAGGAGAGCCCUUUUAUUCCAGCGAGCGGACAGUAACUAUCCGGAGACAGACCAUCGGUGGGUUUGGCCUGAGCAUCAAGGGUGGAGCGGAGCACAAGAUUCCUGUUGUCAUCUCGAAAAUAUCAAAGGAACAAAAAGCUGAACUCUCCGGGUUACUUUUCAUCGGCGACGGCAUCCUUCAGAUAAAUGGAAUAAACGUACGAAGCUAUCGGCAUGAAGAAGUGGUGCAGGUUUUAAGGAACGCAGGAGAAGAAGUGACUCUGACGGUUUCGUUUCUGAAGAAGACACCAGCUUUUCUCAAACUGCCCCUCUGCGAAGACUGUACCUGUAUUCCCAGUGACCAGAGCAGUGGAACCUCCUCUCCUCUGUGUGACAGCGGACUGCACUUGAACUACCACCCCAACAAUACGGACACUCUGUCUUGCUCGUCGUGGCCCACCUCCCCAGGCCUGCGCUGGGAGAAGAGAUGGGUAGACCUGCGCCUCAUCCCCCUGCUCCACUCACGCUUAUCCCAGUACAUGCCGGGCUCAGACGUCUGCAGGAAAAAUGCCUUCCAGGUCAUAGCCGUGGACGGGGUGUGCUCCGGAGUCAUUCAGUUCCAAACCACAGACGACUGCUUGGACUGGCUCCAGGCCAUCGCCAGCAACAUCUCCAACCUCACCAAGCACAAUGUGAAGAAGAUAAACCGAAACUUUCCAGUCAACCAGCAGAUCAUCUAUAUGGGCUGGGUGGAUGAGAAGGAACAGGACUCCGUGCAAGAUCGAAUGUAUUCACCGAAAUUCCUUGCUCUGAGGGGAUCUUCACUAUUCAAGUUCACGGCGCCUCCGGUGACGACGUGGGACUGGACCAGAGCGGAGAAGAGCUUCACCGUCUACGAAAUUAUGUGCAAGAUACUAAAGGAUAACGACCUGGUGGAUAAGAGGCGUCACUGCUUCAGCGUGCAGACGGAGACGGGGGAGGACUUGUUCUUCAGCGUGGAGCUUGAGUGUGAGCUGCUCACCUGGGAGAAGGCCUUCCAGAUGGCCACUUUCCUGGAGGUGGAGAGGAUACAGUGUAAGACAUACGCGUGCAUCAUGGAGAGUCACCUGAUGGGGCUCACAAUAGACUUCAGCAUGGGCUUUGUGUGCUUCGACGCUGCCUCCAAGGCAGUACUCUGGAGAUACAAGUUCUCUCAGCUCAAAGGCUCAUCGGACGAUGGCAAAAGCAAGAUCAAGUUUCUGUUCCAAAACCAGGACUCCAAAUCGAUCGAAGCAAAGGAGCUGGAGUUCUCAAACCUAUUCGCCGUGCUCCACUGCAUCCACGCUUUCUUCGCUGCCAAAGUCGCCUGUCUGGACCCCAUGUUCGUGGAGAGCCAGGCCAACGCCACCGCCACCGGGAUAGCCUCGCUGUCCGGGAUUUCCUGCAACUCCCAACCUCCCAAACUGAAAUACGUCACUUGA